AUGUCUGAUAAACCAAAGGUAUACCAAGGUGUCCGCGUGAAGGCCACAGUCAGGGAGCUGCUGCAAAAGAGAAGGGCACUUCAGGCAAUGAAAACUGCAACGACAAACCAAUGCUUGUCUAGCCAGGAACCGUGUUAUGCUCCCCUUCCAGAUGUGUGGUCAGGAAACUCGAUCACAGUGAACAGCGUCCAGCCGCAGUACUUCAACGUCUGUAAUGACCAGAUGCAGACCUGCGAGUUUAAUGAUCAAGCAUUAAUUGACAUGAUACUCCAGGCAGAAGAUUUCACCAAUAGCAACUUUCCCCCUGCUUCCCAAUCGCUGCCGUGGUCACAUGAACAGUUCCCAUCAUACACCGAAAACAACUGCCAAAACUGGGCUCCCUCCUCUGGUUCAGAAUCACUGAAUCUGCCCAGUCCGGAUGAGAACACUUACUCGCCACCUCAGUGUUACGCCUCCUUUCCCUCGUCAUUGUGCUACAGCGACCCCACGCAGAUGGACUCUCCAGCAGUGCUACAGUUCGAACCAUUGGGCGAGUUCUCUGGAGAGCGAAAAGAGUCUCGACUACACAACGUGCAGCACGUCAGACUGGUGGCACAACUCAACCGUUGA